UGAUAAAGCUUUAAAGCAACAAAAGGUCAAAAAGUUACAACUCACACUAUUACAGAAUUAUUAUGAGAGAUAAAGUAUUGUAUUAUUGAUGUAAUGAAGGGACAAAUGAAACCAGAAACCACAAAUCUGAACAAGAUAUGCUGAAUUUUUGGUCCACAUGAUAUAAUAAUAUAUAAGCAUUGUUCACUCACCUUGCUUGAUAUGUGAUCUAAUCAAGUAAUUAACGUUGAUAAUUUCCUUUGCUAUGAUGCAUCAGUUUGUUGCAGUUUUAUUGCUAGCACUAGCACUAUUCCCAGUAGCUGUUAAUUCAUUCACCAAGACUGACUUCCCUCCUCACUUCUUGUUUGGUGCUUCUACUUCAGCUUAUCAGGUGGAAGGUGCAGCAGAUCAAGAUGGCAGGAAGCCAAGUAUUUGGGAUACCUUUGCACUUGCUGGCAAUGGAGGUGCAUACCAGGGAAAUGGUGACAUUGCUUGUGAUCAAUACCACAAAUAUAAGGAUGAUGUUGAACUCAUGGCUAAAAUGGGCUUAGAUGCGUAUAGAUUUUCCAUAUCAUGGUCAAGACUCAUUCCAGACGGGAAAGGGCCGAUAAAUCCUAAGGGACUGGAGUAUUACAACAACCUCAUCAAUGAACUAACAAGCCAAGGUAUCCAACCACAUGUGACAUUGAAUCAUUGGGAUUUACCACAAGCCCUUGAAGAUGAAUAUGAAGGAUGGGUUAGUCGAAGAGUCAUAAAAGACUUCACGGCAUAUGCAGAUGUAUGCUUCAGAGAGUUUGGAGAUCGAGUUAAACAUUGGACCACAGUGAAUGAGGGGAAUAUGUAUUCCAUGAUCGGUUAUGAUUUAGGACUUGUACAACCUCAAAGGUGUUCUCCGGAUUCUAUAUUUAACUGCUCCAAAGGAAAUUCUUCAACGGAGCCGUAUUUGGUUACUCAUCAUAUGCUGUUAGCACAUGCAUCUGCUGCAAAUCUCUACAGGAAUAAGUACAAGGUCAAGCAGCAGGGAUUUAUUGGGUUUAAUAUCCUUGUCCAUGGAUAUCUUCCACUAACAAAUACCAGCGAAGACGUUAUCGCCACUAAAAGAGCCCAAGAUUUCUUUAUAGGGUGGUAUCUGAAUCCCUUCUUUUUUGGAGAAUAUCCCGCCGUCAUGAAAAAGAAUGUUGGCUCGAGGCUUCCUAUAUUCACCAAUAGGGAAUCAAACCUCGUCAAGGGAUCAAUUGACUUCCUUGGAGUCAAUUUUUACUAUGCAUUUCAUGUUAAGAACAACCCUGGCAGCCUGCAGAUAAAGAAUAGAGACUACUUAGCAGAUAUGGCCGUGGAGCGUAUUUAUAUCCCUGAAAAUAUUACCUUACAAGAAGAGAUUCCAAUUACACCCUGGAUUUUGGAACGAAUGCUUCAUUCAUUGAAGAAUGAUUAUGGAAAUUUUCCAAUUUACAUUCACGAAAAUGGUCAACUAUUAACUAGGAACACAUUAGACGACCAACCAAGGGUGGAGUACAUUCGUGAAUACAUAGGAAGCCUGCUUGAAAUGAUGAGGAAUGGACUCGAUAUAAGAGGCUAUUUCGUAUGGUCCUUCUUGGAUGUGUUUGAGUUACAAAGUGGAUAUGAAGCAAGUUUUGGCUUAUAUUACAUAGAUUUUGAAGAUCCAACUUUGAGGAGACAACCUAAACUUUCAGCUCUGUGGUACUCAAAUUUUCUCAACAACAAAACUAUGGACAUCAACUCGAAGAUCACCAUGAACAUUGAGGAGAAUUCAUCUGUACUCUCCAACACUCCUUUAUUGCAUAUUGCCACUUAAGUAUGAUGGACUUAUUCUUGAUGGACCUAUUCUUUAGGAAAAUUAGUUUUAAUUAAUAGUUGCUAUUUUCUCUCAGUUUAGUCAAUAAAGAAACCUAUUAUUUAGGUCCUUAUAAUUCUGUUAGUAGGUAACGUUAUUUUUCAUUUUGUAAAGGCUAUUUAAGCCAAGCUUUUCUUUGAAUAAUAUAACAAGUGAUUUCAUCUCUCAGCAAA